AUGGACGCCAGAGCCAUUGUCGCCCGCGAGCCCAAAGGAGGCCCCACCUGGGCCCUGGAAACCAUCACCGUCGGCGCCCCUGCAGACGACGAGGUCCUCGUCCAGAUCACCGCAGCAGGGAUCUGCCACACUGACAUCUUGUUCUCAUCUAUGCCGCAGGGUGUGCUGGGUGUCGCUUACCCUAAGAUCGUCGGGCAUGAAGGGGCUGGUAUAAUCCAAGCAGUCGGCAAGAACGUAAACAAGGUAUCUGUCGGCGACAAAGUUCUUCUGUCUUACUACUCAUGCUCGAGCUGCGCGCACUGCAAAGCAUCGCGCCCGACCUACUGCACGCAAUUCAAUCUGGAGAACUACGCCGGCCGCAAAUGGGCGGGCAUGGUGUGCAAGGACGGCGGCGAGGAAGCCUGGGCGCGGUUCUUCGGGCAGUCCAGUUUUGCAGAGUACACGCUUGCGGCGGAGAGCAGUGUUGUGAAUGUCAAUGAAUUGCUACAGAGCGACGAGGAGCUGAAUCUGUUUGCGCCGCUGGGGUGCGGGUUCCAGACGGGGAUGGGAGCUGUUGCGAAUGUGGCGGAUGCUGGGCCCGAGGAUGUGGUUAUGGUGAUGGGCAUGGGCGCUGUUGGGAUGGCGGCUCUUAUGACGGCCAAGAUCCGGAACGCAAAGACGAUUAUUGCGCUGGACAGAUUCGCCAACCGGCUGGAACUGUCGCGGGAAGUUGGGGCUACGCAUACGAUUAACACUGUGGUAGAUGGGUUCGAUUUCCAGCAGGCUGUCCGUGAGAUAUCGCCCACGGGCGCGUCUGUCAUCAUUGAUACUACUGGAGUCGGCCAGCUAAUUGAAGAGGCCUAUGAGAGCCUGUCGUCCCUGGGGAAGUUGGUUCAUAUCGCCCCGACUCCGCCAGACUACAGGUUCAAGCUGGACACCACUGCGUUGCUGAUGUCUGGAAAAACAAUCACCGGCUGUAUCGAGGGAAAUUGUAUUGCGAGCGAGGCUUUGCCCCAGAUGAUCCAAUGGUACCGCGAGGGGCGGUUCCCCAUUGACAAGCUGCUCACAUUCAUUCCUGCCCCCGACUUUGCAAAAGCCUUGGAGGGAAUGCAUGAUGGGAGCGUGCUUAAGCCCGUGCUGACCUGGAGUUAA